UGUUGAUUAACGAUGUUACUUCGAAAGGUCGUUAGAAAAACAAGUAUAAAUGUUAAUCAAUGUUUUCCUCAAUGUUCGGCCGUAAAAAACGCAUUAUUAGGUAUGACUAAAAUGGAGUAUCAUAAUUUCCCAAAAUCUCUCAAAGAAUUUGGAUACGAUUUUAAUACAAAUGGACAGUUAAGGAAAAUAAAUGCUGAAACUGGUAAAUUAACUAAUGAAGGUUUUGAAUUUAAGUUUAACGAGGAUUCAGUUUACAAUCAAAAACGCUACGAAGCAUUAGGUGAAGUUAUAAAUGAAUAUGUAUAUAGUUUGUUGGAAAAGGAAGGUUUAAUAAGAUUACCGAUACCAAAAGAAAGUUCUGAAAUAUUAGAUAAAAGAUCUUUCAUAUUUGCAUCUGAGGAUGCAUUAGAAAAUGAGAAAGUUAUCGUAUUGAUUCACGGUAGUGGAGUAGUCAGAGCUGGUCAAUGGGCUAGACGAUUAAUUAUAAAUGAUUGCCUUAAUACCGGAACACAAAUUCCAUAUGUUAAGAAAGCUAAAGAAUUAGGUUAUGGAUUAUUUGUAUUAAAUACCAACGAUAACAGCAGAAUAAUUAAUGGAAAAUCAAAUAAAAUUAAGGGUAGCGAAGGUCCACAUGAACAUUUGAGAACAGCAUGGUAUGAUUACAUCGGUCCAUCAAAAUCUAAAUACGUUGCUAUAGUAGCGCAUAGCUUUGGUGGAGAAUGCGUAGUACAAUUUGCAAUGGAGCAUGUAGAGGAAUUUACAAGAAAGGUUUUUGCUGUUGGAUUAACAGAUUCUGUACAUAGUGCACCAUUUGUUGGAUUUAGUCAUGUAGUGAAGGUCUCAAGGAAUUGGAUAUGUUCAGAUAAGCCUUUAGAUGCUCCCAUGGAGUAUCCGAGUGAAGAUAUACAGCGAGUAUCUGCUGGUCACAAAGUUCACGAGUUGUCAUCAUCCGCUUGCAUCAAUUCUCUAUUUCGUUUUAUCGAAGAACGUUAUGAAAGUACACGCGACGAAUUAAAAACUUGAAGUAAGAAAAGAGAGGAAAUACACACACACACAUAUAUAUAUUUUUUGACGGACAUAGUUUUAUAAACUGUAUUAUUAUUAUUUUAUUAUUAAUAUUAUUAUUUAUUCAACUAUUAUACAGAUAAAUUUUAUAUUUUAUUUUAUUUUUUAUCAUUAACUAUACGGAAACGAGUGAUUUUAAAGGAAUUUCCAAGGGAAGGAUUAUACAAUUUUAUUUUUUCUUCUUGUUGUAAAUUACGUUUCCAUUAAUAUACAAUUUUUAAUUUGAUUUUAAUCAUUGUAUAAGGAUUACCAUUUACAAAAUUGUAUAUAUUUUCUUUUUAGACAGAUAUUUUAUCGAUAAAUAUAUUCGUUUUAAUCCUACCGAUCAUCGAUUGUUAUUCCUUGUUGUUAAUAUUAAUCCAUUUUUAUAUUUUCUAAAAAGAAAAUAUACAUAAAAAAUAUAAGCUAGUCAAUGUAAUAAUCUAGAUUAAAGUUAGCACACAGAUGCUACUACUGAUUAUAUGGUUAGGUUACUUGUUUCUUGAUCUAAUCUCUCUCGUAAGAGAACACACAGCCGUUUUCUACAGACAAAAAGCAGACCAUCACGCGUCUCGACUAAUUGCAUUACGGUAAUUAUAUUAUGUCUCUUAGUUACUUUUACUACAACACCAUACAAUAACGGACCGCGCGCUUAAUGUUACGUGGAUGUUAUGAUACUUGUCGUUUCUGAUUACAACGUUCCCUUUUCAUACAAAUAAAUCAAAUUCUCUAUUUU